UCUUGUGUUUGUUUAGACGGCGUCUACGAGGAGAAACUGGUGGAUCAAACAGCAGACAUCAAUCAAAUUAUGCGACAGCAUCAAUGCAACAGGUUUCCAACCCUUCAAUUCCACAACUUCAUCCUGUUCUUAAUCAGCAAAUGCCACCAAUGCAGAAUCAGCAGCUUCAGGUUCCUCAAUCUAUUGGUCUACCAUCCAGCCAAACUCUACCCUUACAACAGUUACCUAGUUCAAGUGGGUAGUUGUCUGCUUCACAGCCUUUAAUUCAACCAAAUGCUUCUGCUGCUUCUCUGCAAACACCAGAUGUUCCCAUUCGACAAAUGCAGUCACAGUGCUCUCAUGUGCUUCUGCAACAACUGGCUCAAGCUUUACAGUCAAGCUAUCAAUCGGCACAGCAUUCAAAAUUUGAGCUUCAACAGCAGUUGUAUCUAAUGCAACAAUCUGGUCUACUUCAACAACAGGUUUCUCUAAAUGCACAGCAGCAGCCUUUUCAUGUGUACUUGAAUCUUCAACCACAGCCAGCCUACCCCGCUUUUGAUAUUGCACAAUCUAAAGUUAUGCCCUUAGCUGCAUCUGCAAUUUCUUCUAUGCCAAUAACUACUGCACCCAUAGUUUCUUUAACCUGUUCCUGUUCCUGGACAGAACAUACAUCUCCCCAAGAAUUGAAAUACUACUAUAGUACUGUUACCAAGGAAAUCAACAUCGACCUAAUUUCUUAUAUUUAUGCUUACAGUGGGAAAAGCCGGAAGAGUAUUCAAUUUUUGAGCAGCAGCAAAACAGCAGAAAUUGUUAUGGUUUCAGCAGCAACAGAAACUUGUUGGACAGCUGCUUCAGUCGCUGAUUAA